AUGCCACCAAAAGGCAAGAGGAAGCGCUCGGCGUCGCCUGCUGUUGGCAGUGCGGUCGCGGAGACGCCAGCAUCGUCAUCAAAACGGUCGCGCCUAAAUGAUGGCUCUGCUUCGGAUGCUGGGUCCAACAUUGAGGUCGUGUACGAGCUCGUGGGCAGUGACAAGAAGUGCAUGCGGACAAUGACGGACAGGACGCUCGACGACGCAGUGCUCGGCGUCGCCCGCGGUCUCGGAAUCUCGUUCCUUGGCCUGCGCCUUACGCACGUUCGCACAACAGGUGUCGAGACGGAUGUUUGGGACGACUUUGACUUCCGCACCAUCCGUGACCGCGCUCUCGCACAGGGUUCGCACUCGGAGGUAAUCCGCGUGUACUCGGGUGCACUUGGCCAGAUCCCAGAGCCGUCGCGCGCGGCAUCGUUCAGUCCCGCUGCAGCACUGGGGCACGACCCACGGGCUGUUGAGUCGGCUCCAGCUACGGUUACGCAUUUCGGGUUCGGAUCCGGAUCCGUACCCACUCCACGGUCAGCCCUACGCUCUCCCAGCGACGGGACGCCUAGAUCACAGAAACACGUCGUGCUCGCCAUCCCCUCCGAUACGCCACCUGCCACGCCGUCCCCUAUCCCAGAGAGCUCCAGGCGUAAGAGGAAGAAGGAUAGGCGCAGGCAGUCAUCCGAGAGCAGGACGCCGUCACCCGGGCCCGCCAAUCUGUCCCGCAUCGAGAGCCUCGCGGCGAAACACAAGCCUGCACGUCCCAGUCCACUCGGUCAGUCGCCCACGCAGACGUCGAAGGGCAAUGGCAAAGGGAAAGCUCAACAGCCUCCUCAGCAGCCUAAAUCGAAGCGAUCCAAGUUGAAUGAUACCGUCCCGCCAAUCGUCGGCGCUCUCCCGCCGACGGUUGGCACCGUCGAGGAGAGCGAGUCUUCGGCGCCCGUUUCAGUUCUGGGGGCGUCGUCGGCGUACUGGAUCCAACGCUCGUUAGACGAUCUGGGACAGAAGGCGCAUUCAAGCCCCGAGACGACAACGUCUGUCCUGCCUGCAUCGACCGCGAGUGGAUCGGCCGAACCAACACCACAACAACCUUCCAUUACCCCGACACCGUCAGCGACUCUAGCUCCAGUUGCAGCCGCGCCGGCAGACUCUGGCCCGCCUCCUGCGUCCACCUUUCACCCCGAUGAACCGCCAACUGUGACGGCGAAGGCGCCGGCCAAGCGCGGUCCGAAGCCCAAGAACAAGGUCCCGGUGCAGGAGCCCGCUGCAGAGGAGCCGGUACAUCCGCCUUCCGAGGACACUGCAACUGAGCCGACCAAACCACCUACCGAGGAGCCAGUGAAAGCGCGCGCCAAACCCGGGCCUAAACCCAAAACCGGAGGCGCGGAACCUGCUGCCAAACGACCUCCUGGGAGACCACGCAAGGUCGUUCCUGCUCCAACAGAGUCCUCAGCCGAACCUGCUGCCGAGUCCACGGCGCCGGUCAAGCGGGGCCCAGGGCGGCCGAAGAAGGUCGUCGCGGCUGCUGCAGGGACUUCUGUUGAAGUUGCGGCACCCACGGCACCCAAGAAACGGGGGCGCCCAACGAAAGCUGAGGUGAAGGAGAGAGAGGAGAGGGCGGCCGCAGAGGCGGAGAGAGUGGCCAAAGCGGCCGCGGAGCUGUCCAAGGUCCAGGCUAAAGGCAGCCAGCCUGCGAAGGCCAAGGCCGCAGAGGAGCAGAGUUCGUCGGACGACGAGCCAGCUCAGCCUCCGCCGACGCGCAGACCGCGGGGCCGCCCGCCCAAAGCCAAGGAGGUCGGGCAGCCCACAAAGGCACCAGCCAAGGUGACGCCUUCGGAGACAGAGUCGGAGGAGUCCUCGGAUGACGAGUCAUCCGAUGAUGAGUCUGAGGAGGAGUCUGAGGAGGAGUCUGAGGAAAACGGGAAACCCACAGCAGUGGAACCGAAUGCCUCGAAGCCAGCUGCUGGGACUUCUAAUGCCGUACCCGCUGCUGCUGAUGAACCGGCCAUCGAGGAGCUUGCUGAGGAGACCGUCGCCGAUGUCCAGGAGGACCCGGCCCCCGUCAUGCUGGCCACGGCAGUGGAGGAGACCAGCCCAGAGGCCGAUGCUAUGGAGGUCGACGAGGCUCCCCCUGUCACCGCGAAUGGCCACGCUACCGACGACGUUGAGAUUGAAGAGGUUGAUGACGAACCCCCACCCCAGCCGAAUGAGGAUGGUGCCGUGAGCGACCUGGACACUCCGCCGGCGGGAGAGAGAGGUACAUCCGUUGCGCUCCUGGAGCCAGAGGCGUGUCCGCUAUGUGAGCAGGCGGCUGAUCACGCUCCCAAGGAUUGUCCUGUUGUCCUGGGCGGCGUCGGCCGUGUCCGUGAGCGUAUGGAGGAGCGCCGCAAACAGCUCAUUGCGGCCGGCAUCAAGCCUCUCAUCAAGUCAGAUGCCACCCUCGACUCGUGCAAGCAGUGGAUCACAAGGCUCACCAAGGUCGCGGCCAAGGUCGUGAACGGUACGCCCCAGACGUCCUCGCCUGUCAAACCCACGCCUGUUGAGGCUACCCCGACACCGACGGCCAAGGCCGCGCCAGCCAAAGUUACGCCUUCAUCAACACCAGCCAGCGCCGGGCCCACGCCAAAGCCUCUCAACGCCGCGAAGCGCUUCGCAGUCGCCAACGGUGCCAAGUCACCCGCCAGUCCCAAGGAUGCCUCGGGCGGCGAAUCGUCUGACGACGAGGCCACGCCGUCCGCGCCCGCUCAUGGUUUGCCUGGCACCCCAGACACACCCUCCUACCCGCUGUCGUUGCAUCGAAUGGCUGCCGCACGCGCGGGGCGCAGGCCUGGCUCGUCGCGCCUGAGCGUGUCGGACGCUGUGAUCGAGACGGGUGACUCGUCUGACUCUGACUCGUCCAGCUCUGGAUCUGGGUCUGGAUCACAGUCAGAAUCAUCCAUAGACUCGGACGACUCGGACUCGGAUUCAGACUCUGACUCGGACUCCUCUGGAUCGGCAACCAACAUUGACUCGGAGGCAUUGCUCCGCCAGAUCAUGACGCAGCCCCUGAGUCAGCGGCAGCGUGCCGAGGCUGCGCGCACAGCGGCGUCGAUGCACGUCGUGACGCAGGAGGACAUUACCGAGGCAUCGGACGCGACAGACAGCGACGAGGAUAUUAUCGUUACGCGUGCGACCCAGCGCCGCGGGUCCGACAGCUCGAUCGGCGAUUUUGUCGACGGUGAAGAUGGCAGUGGUAAUAGCGUGCACAUGGACGACGAGGACAGCGACGCCGAGACCAAGAACCGGCUGCUGACCCAGGUCGCUGCCACUUCGCAGACCGAUUUGCGUGUCACCAAUGCUGUGACCGACGCGAUGGACGUGGACGACGACGAAGACGACAGCGCGAUGGAGGAGGAGCAGUACAGCGAGGACGACGUUCUGCCGAAGACCCACGUUACACCACGACGCUCGCCGUCGCCCCCCUCCUUUGGAUCCUCGCGCUCCUUCUCCCGACUCGCAGCAGAGAGCCCUGUUCUAGACGACUUUCCCGGCGCUCUAGCACUCCGCGAUGCGAUUCGGGAGGACGUGGUGGUUGUGCCCGGAGCCCCAGACGGGGUCGGGACCGACUUGACGGCCACGCAAGUCAACGUGCGAACCCCACCCUCGCCACUGCCGCCGACGAUGCCAUCCCAAGUCCGCGACUCGUCCUUAACCCCAGCGUCUGAGUCCGACGAGGAUGAAGACGUGGAGCCCAAGUCACCAACGCCUCCCCCGGCCAGGCGCCGUGGCCGCCCACCUAAGAAUGCCGCUCUGCCCUCCUCUCAGCCAGUUCGCCGCUCAGCACGCCAGCUCUCCCGCGAGCCAGAGCCACCCGCUAGUCAGCCUAUGCGUCGCACGCGGUCCUCGUCAUCAAGCGACCCCACACCGCAACGCGUGACGCGUUCGAUCUCCAACUCUGCCGCGCUGUCCUCUUCCCAGCCAGUCGGACUCAGGAAGUCUGCGCGGUUGAGCUCGUCUCCUCAUUCCAAGAUUACGCGAGUGCUCGAGGAAAGUGACGGGGAGGACGGCGAUGAGGAGAGUGAUGAGGACGAGGCGACACUGCAGUCGUCGAGUCAGAAUCGCAAGGGAUUCCCGUCCUCUCUCGUGCGGCCGACGUCACAGCUCUCGCCGCCGCCAUCACGCUCCCAUUCGCCCUUGUCAUCAAUCGACGCGUCGCAAUCUGUCCCUGUUCCAGCAACUCAGUCGUCGCCGCUGCGCCGCCGUACGCGCGGUGAUCCUCAGACGCCUCUGUUCAUGACGCAGCCGAGUCAGAUGCCGGCCACACAGGCCUACCACUCCAUCCCACCGCCACUAUUCCCAGAGACGCAAGAGAACGGGUACGCGUCUGACGAGGGGUCGCGCUCCGAUCCAGGCUCUGUCUCCUCCACCCACUCUGACGCCGGCUCGGAGCGCUCGUUCUCAUCCGCCCACUCUGAAAACUCUGACGCCUCGGACUCUGGUGCCUCGGCUGGAAACGACUCAUUCCCAGCACUGCCCACACUGAGACCGAGCUCGCAACCCGCUCCCAUUGCGAGCAGCUUUCCGACAUUAAGCUCCCUUCCCAAGGAGUUGCUCCGGCAAGGCGUGGAUGGCGUGCAGAGCGUGUGGAACCGCAUGAAGGGCCCAAAGGAGAAUACGACGCCCGAUAGUAGUGACGACGACAGCAGUGACGAUGUCGACGAGAGCUCGUCAGAGGACGAGGUGCCCGAGCAGAUCCGUAGCAGGAUUGCAGGUGGGUCACGCAGCGCCAAGAAGCCGCGGACGCGCGGGGUCAUGCUCCACAGUCACUCAUUCAAUAUGCGCGAGAUCGUCCACCUCCAGACCGGCCAGUGCGGUAACCAGAUCGGUGCCAAGUUCUGGGAGGUCGUGUCCGACGAGCACGGCAUCCAGGCCGACGGCUCGUACAAGGGCGCGUCGGACAUUCAGCUCGAGCGCAUCAAUGUCUACUACAAUGAGGCGGCUGCUGGCAAAUACGUCCCGCGCGCUGUCUUGAUUGACCUUGAGCCGGGAACUAUGGACUCGAUCCGCGGUGGCCCUCUGGGCAGCCUCUUCCGCCCCGACAACUUUGUCUUUGGCCAGAGCGGUGCCGGUAACAACUGGGCCAAGGGCCACUACACCGAGGGUGCCGAGCUUGUCGACUCGGUCCUCGACGUUGUGCGUCGCGAGGCCGAGGGGUGCGACUGCCUCCAGGGCUUCCAGAUCACCCACUCGCUCGGUGGUGGUACUGGUGCCGGUAUGGGCACUCUCCUCAUCUCCAAGAUCCGCGAGGAGUACCCCGACCGCAUGAUGUGCACUUUCUCGGUCGUUCCCUCGCCCAAGGUCUCGGACACGGUCGUUGAACCCUACAACGCCACCCUCUCGGUGCACCAGCUCGUUGAGAACUCGGACGAGACGUUCUGCAUUGACAACGAGGCGCUCUACGACAUCUGCUUCCGCACCCUCAAGCUCACCACCCCCACCUAUGGUGACCUUAACCACCUCGUUUCGGUUGUCAUGUCGGGCGUCACCACCUGCCUGCGCUUCCCGGGUCAGCUCAACUCGGACCUGCGCAAGCUCGCCGUCAACAUGGUGCCUUUCCCCCGUCUCCACUUCUUCAUGGUCGGCUUUGCGCCCCUCACCUCGCGCGGCUCGGCGUCGUACCGUGCCGUCUCCGUCCCGGAGCUCACUGCGCAGAUGUUUGACGCCAAGAACAUGAUGGCCGCUUCGGACCCCCGCCAGGGCCGUUACCUCACCGUCAUGUGCAUCUACCGCGGCAAGGUCUCGAUGAAGGAGGUCGAGGACCAGCUCCAGACUGUCCAGCAGAAGAACUCUGCUUACUUUGUCGAGUGGAUCCCCGGAAACGUCGCCGCCGCCCAGUGUGACAUCCCUCCCCGCGGCCUCAAGAUGUCGUCGACCUUUAUCUGCAACUCGACUUCGAUCCAGUCGCUCUUCAAGCGCAUCGGCGAGCAGUUCUCGGCCAUGUACCGCCGCAAGGCCUUCGUGCACUGGUACACUGGCGAGGGCAUGGACGAGCUCGAGUUCUCCGAGGCCGAGUCCAACCUCUCGGACCUCGUCGCCGAGUACAUGCAGUACCAGGAGGCGUCGGCCGACGACGAGCUCUACGACGACGAGGACCUCCAGCUUGAGGGCGAGGAGGAGAUGAUGUAA